AUGAUGUGCUUGCUCGCGACUGCUCUCCUCAACAAGCUUCGUGGCGCUCUCGCCCCUGCUGGUGGUGCUGACGACCUCACUGUUCAUGUCAACGGCUUCGAGACUGCACUCUAUUUCAUCCGAGAAAGGCAGGAUCGGGUCACCGCGGAUGUUAUCACUGUCGCGAAUGCGCUGCGUCAGGCUAGAGUGACGAUCCCGACUUUGGGUGUGAAGGAACAUGACUCCGAUGUGGAUAGCGCGCCCAAGGGUGAAGCUGAAGACGAUGACGGGGACGCGGAGGUCUGA